UUGACAACUUUGACAAGCAUAAAAGGAAAAUUUGUGAAAAUGGCGGACGACAAAGAUGUGGCGGAAAAAACGAUUGCCGAAGAUUUGGUUGUUACCAAAUAUAAAAUGGUCGGAGAAAUAGUUAAUAAAAUACUAAAACAACUAGUUGACAAAUGUGUUGCUCAGGCAUCAGUUAGAGCUCUGUGCGAACUAGGAGAUCAGCUUCUCUUGGAAGAAACCAGCAAGGUGUUUAAGAAGGAGAAAGAUUUGAAGAAAGGCAUUGCAUUUCCCACAUGCGUGUCGGUAAAUAAUUGCAUUUGCCACUACUCUCCUGUUCCCAGUGAACCAGAUUAUAUCUUAAAAGAUGGAGAUGUUGCUAAAAUUGACUUGGGAGCCCACAUUGAUGGAUUUAUAGCUGUUGUAGCUCAUACAAUUGUGGUAGGAGCAACUCCAGACAAAAAAGUAACAGGACGUAAAGCUGAUGUUAUUUUGGCUGCACACUAUGCAUCACAGGCAGCAUUGAGGCUACUAAAAGCAGGCAAUCAGACCUAUGCAAUUACAGAUGCUGUGCAAAAAGUUGCAGAGUCGUAUUCCUGCAAGCCAGUUGAGGGCAUGUUAAGUCAUCAGUUAAAACAAUUUAAGAUCGAUUGUGAAAAAACUAUAAUUCAAAAUCCCAAUGAUGCACAGAAAAAAGAGCACGAAAAAUUUGAAUUGGACAAGUACGAGGUGUACGCCAUGGACGUUCUGAUUAGCACUGGAGAAGGUGUAGGAAAGGAAACAGAGACCCGGGUAUCGAUAUAUAAAAAAACUGACGAGACCUAUCAGUUGAAGCUUAAAGCAUCAAGAAUGUUUUAUACGGAGGUCAGAUCGAAACACGGUAAUAUGCCUUUUAACCUGAGGUAUUUCGAGGAUGAAACUAAAGCAAAAAUGGGUGUGAAUGAGUGCAUAAAAAACAAACUGGUGGAACCUUUCCAGGUGCUCUAUGAAAAACCAUCUGAGUUUGUAGCCCAGUAUAAGUUUACGGUGUUGUUGAUGCCCAAUGGACCUCACAGGAUAACAGGCUUGCCUAUUGAUCCUGAUCAGUAUAAAUCUGAACAUUCUAUUACUGACCCAGAACUGAAAACUUUACUGAACAGCUCGGCCAAUCCCAAGGCAGCGAAAAAGAAGAAGAAGAAAUCCGAGAGCAAUGCCGCGGAGCCCCAACGAAUGGAAGUAGAAGCUGCCGCUUAGAUGUCUGCACUUUUCUCACUCUCACCUCAUAUUUUUUACUGUUUCAACUUACCUCUGUUCCUUUUUCUAUCCAUUCAUUAUCAAAAACAAUAACUUUUUACGAAUUUUCUUCCAGUGACGUUAUUUAAUAAUGGACAAUCUUUUUAUUAGCAUUUUCUAAAUGACAAAACUUUUUUCAUUCAAUUUCUUUUUAUUAACUUUGGAUCAAUUCUAUUUGAUAGAUCUUAAUAUCUUCAUUUUAUUGGUCGUCUGUGUUUGAGAUAUUAAAUGAAAUAUGUAUUAAUAAAAAAUGCGAUUAAAAGUGUUUUUGAGUUA